AUGAGUAGAAACGGAGUUACAACCAAAAGAGUGAAGACUGCUCCAGACGGCUCUAUCGAGAAUCAGCGCCCAACCGCGCAGUCCGGCUGGCCGAGGAACGAACGUUCCACGCUCGGCCAGAAUAUCGUCCGUCCAUCUGAAGUCUCGGCCAAAGUCCAAAACAGUUCGGCCGCGCGCAAAUCACGACCCGGGAAAGUAUUGCCCGCGGUCGGCCACGCCACAACCGCUCACGCCACAGCCGCGCACGCCGCGCGAGCCGGGGAGUCUUUUGGAGCAUUCUGGAGCAUAUGGGACAAGGAGCAUGGAGGGACUUGGCACAUGGAAGCAGCUCAACUGGAUACGCAAAGGAAGAAGGGAGAAGCCAUCUUGAAGACCAGCUCGACCACUCGACCAACCGGUCGAGUUCCUCAACUCGACCGGCCAAGCUUCAACUCGAUCGAGCUGAGAAGUCAAAGUCAAACCCGAAAAAUGUUGCUUCCCCCUUGA